UCGCGCGUCGGGUACGUCGUGGGGCUGUUGGCGCCGCGGGCCAGCGGUGCUGGGGGAGCGCGGCCGGGUCCUAGUGCCCGCUGGCUGCAGGUUCGGGGCUCGCGGCGGGCCUCCGGGCGAGGCCGGCCACCUCCGAACCCUCGCGGGCCGCGCGCCAGGCGCCGAUGGCCGGCCGCUCCCUGGGACAGGCGGUAGCCACCGUGUCGCUCUCGGUGGCCCUCGCGUCAGUGACUGUCCGGUCCUCAGGCUGCCGCGCCGUCCCUGCACCCAGAAACACAUUUCCAUCCUGUGGGUUCCACCUUAACGCCAACAUCAUGUCUGGUUCUAAUGGUGCCAAAGAGAAUUCCCACAACAAGGCCCGGACUUCUCCUUACCCAGGUUCAAAAGUCGAGCGAAGUCAGGUUCCGAAUGAGAAGGUGGGCUGGCUUGUCGAGUGGCAGGACUACAACCCAGUGGAGUACACCGCCGUCUCCGUCCUGGCUGGACCCCAGUGGGCGGACCCUCAGAUCAGUGAAAGCAACUUCUCUCCCAAAUUUAAUGAAAAGGACGGGCAUGUUGAGAGAAAGAGCCAGAACGGCCUGUACGAGAUUGAAAACGGAAGACCCAGAAACCCUGCAGGGAGGACAGGACUCGUUGGCCGGGGUCUUCUGGGGAGAUGGGGCCCAAAUCAUGCUGCAGAUCCUAUUAUAACCAGGUGGAAAAGGGACGAGAGCGGGAAUAAGAUCACACACCCUGUCUCUGGGAAAUGCAUCUUGCAGUUCGUUGCCAUCAAGAGGAAAGACUGUGGAGAGUGGGCAAUCCCGGGGGGGAUGGUGGACCCCGGAGAGAAGAUCAGUGCCACCCUGAAAAGGGAGUUUGGUGAAGAAGCCCUGAACUCAUUACAGAAGUCCAGUGCCGAGAAGAGGGAGAUCGAGGAGAAACUGCAUGCGCUCUUCAGCCAAGAGCAUCUCGUGAUAUAUAAGGGGUAUGUUGACGACCCUCGGAACACUGACAAUGCGUGGAUGGAGACGGAAGCCGUGAACUACCAUGAUGAAACAGGGGAGACAAUGGACAACCUCACCCUGGAGGCCGGAGAUGACGCGGGGAAGGUGAAGUGGGUGGACAUCAGCGACCAGCUCAAGUUGUACGCCAGUCACUCUCAGUUCAUCAAACUCGUGGCAGAGAAACGAGAUGCCCACUGGAGCGAGGACCGCACCGCUGACAGCCGUGGGCUAUAGCCCGUCCCCGUGAGCCAGCGGCAGGGCCACAGAACUGACACCCCACAGAGGCCACCUGGAAAUGCUUGCAACAGGGUGAAACGCCUGGAUACGAUGAAGAACCCUGAAUGUACAGCUUUCUUCUCAAAGGGAUUAGAGACUGUCAUUUUGUAUAGAUUUAAGCAUGUCUGAACAAAAUUUAAAUAAUUAAUGUUCUUUGAAAAAUUGUAGUUGCAAUAAAUAUAAAACCCAA